AUGUAUCGGCGCAACAAGCUAUUUUCCGUUCAAAAGAAGGGAGUUGUUAGUGAGACAAUAUGCGAAAAGGGCGGAACAGCAAUUCACUCCCUCAAUCGCCGUCUUGUGCGGUGGGCUGAGCACUUCCAAGAACAGUCCACCUGGUCACCUUCAACACAACCGCUGGAAGAACAAAGACAGAACAUUGUCAACAACCCACCGUCAGCAGCCGAAAUCCAGCGUGAGAUUUCAAUCUUGAAGCGCGAUAAGGAUGGUCUACAUCCCGCGCUCUUCAAAGAAGGUGGGGACCCA